AUGGAAGAUAAGCUAAGAUAUUGGAGACAUGAUGCUUAUCUGAAGAAUUUAUAUGAAACUGCGGCGUUUUGGGGGAAUAAAGUUGUGACCAUCACAGGCGAUUCAAAUGAUGUAUUUUGGCUAGCACAAAUAUAUUAUAAUAUGGGUCAAUAUGUUAGAGCACAAAAAUUAAUUUGGAAAUUAAUGGAUACUAGUGUCGCAUGUAGAUUUUUAGCCGCAAAGUGUUGCAUCAAACAAGAAAAAUAUCAGGAAGCGUUAGAACUUUUAGGUGAAGAAAAUACUUUUGCUGAUAGAGUGAAAAACACGGAAGGAGGCAUUCAGCUUGAAGCAUCCAUAUGUUAUCUACGAGGCUAUGCACUCUCUCAACAAGCUAAUCUUGACAGUGCCAAAAAGUGCUUUAAGGAAGCAUUAGAAUUAGAUGUAAAAUGUUAUGAGGCAUUUCAUGAAUUAGUAAGUAAUCAUAUGAUGACGGUUAAAGAAGAAUGGGACUUCAUUAAUUCAUUAAAAUAUGAAGAACAACUGGAUUGUGAGGAAGCAAGAUUCGUAAGAAUGAACUAUAUAUCAAUGCUUCAAAAGUAUGAUCAUGUUACGGAAAUUCAGGAGGCGCGAGCUGAAUUAGAGGAAGUAUGGCGAUUAUCAAAUAAUAUUGAUGUAUUAUUAAGUCGCGCAGAAGAAUUAUAUUCACAAUGUAGAUUCAAGGAAUGCCUUGAAAUUACUUCAAAAAUUCUUGAACUCGACACUCACAAUCCAGCUUGUCUUCCAAUUCAUAUUGUUUGUCUUCAUGAAUUACGAGAAAAAAAUAAAUUGUUUUUAUUAGCUCACGAACUCGUAGAACAUUCCCCAGAUAUUCCCGUAACAUGGUUUGGAGUUGGAUGUUAUUAUUAUCUUAUAGGACAGAAUGAUGAAUCUAGGAGAUAUUUUAGCAAGGCAUCGACUAUGGAUUCUCAUUAUGGGCCAGCAUGGAUAGGAUUUGGUCAUUCGUUCGCUGUAGAAUCUGAACAUGACCAAGCCAUAACGGCGUACUCUACAGCAGCAAAAUUAUAUGAAGGUUCGCAUAUCCCAUAUCUUUUUAUCGGCAUGCAGCAUCUUCAAGCAAAUAAUCUUUUAUCGGCGGAUGAAUAUUUGUCAACUAGCCUUCAGCUUUGCGAAGGGGAUCCUUUAGUUUAUAAUGAAUUGGGCGUAAUGUAUUAUCAAAAAUUAAACAAUGCAACUGCUAUCGAUUAUUUUAAAAGGGCUUUAAUAUUAGUAGAAGAGACAAAAUGUAGACCACAAGUAUGGGAAACUACGUGGAUGAACCUUGGACAUGCGUUCAGAAAGAUGGGAGAUUUGGACGCCGCAAUUACGUACUUUCAGAAAGUUACGACCAUGACUCCGCCAAGCCCAAGCGCGUUAACGGCCAUCGGAUAUUGUUAUCACGUGAAAGAAGAGUACGAAGAAGCGGUUAUGUAUUAUCACGAGUCGUUAGGAAUUCGUCCGGCUGAUCCCAUAACACAAGAUUUACUUGAACGUUGUCUUGAAGAGAUGAUACUUCUCGUAAAUGAAGAAAAAGAAAAUGAGAGAGUAUAG